AUGGAUCUUGGUCCGAAUAGUUUCACGUCGCAACAACGAAACAUUGAUUCUUCUGCAUUUAUCAUCAAACGAGACUCAGAGAAAACAUUCGCAUUAGUGGAGGCGACGGCGACUGCCAGUGCUUUGGCAGAUAUAUCAGCUAUAAUAUCACAGCAGUUUACCAGUCAAGGCGAUAAUUCUGAAGAUGGAACUGCCCAUAAUUCAGAUCAUCCAUGCUGGGAUUACAUACAUAAAUCUGACGAUCUCGAUUCUAUAGUUUGUCGUGUCUGUGCACAACUGAUUAAACCCAUCGAUCUUCAAAAGGCCAUGGAUCAUUUUACAAGUUGUCAUCCUCAGAUCGCUGCUGAAUUUGAACAGACGUGGCAGAUGAAAUUACAGCUAAAAUCAUCCGUUAAUCGGGCAGCCGAUGAGCCAUUAUCAUCCAAGGAAGGUACCGAAAGACGAGGCGGGCAUGGAACUGAGCAUCCAUGUUGGCGCUAUUUCACCCGUAAUCGAAAAAGCGCUGAUUGUAGAAUGUGCGGUGCACAUGUUGCGUACGCUUGUUCUGGAAAUCUUAUGAGGCAUCUAAGAUCGAGGCAUAUCUCUGAAUCUGUAAUUACUCAGAAGGAGUGGGAAGAAAUUCAAAAAAGGAAAAAACAGUUGUGUGAACUAAGGAUGAUGGCUACUGCAAAUGCCUGUGGUUCAGAAGAACAGCCUCAUUCAAACACCGUUUCAUAUACUUAUGUCGAUGAAGAACAGGAUGGAAGUAUGGGGGGGGCUGGAGAAGAGUAUGAUGGAAUUGUUGAGAGUGAUGAGCAGAGGUAUAGGAAAGAAAGCAGUGUUUCCUCAUCAAUUGGUAUGUCUUCCUCAAAUGAUGUAAAAGCAAAUGGACGCAAUGAUGUUGCUGGUAGGAAUACACAAGUAUUUUCUGGCGUGCACAACCCAUCGUUUGAAGGAAUAUCCCCGAAACAUCAAAAUUCGGGUCCUAUGACUGGCGGUGUUCGUUCUCGGACCUUUAGUACUGGAAGAAGUGCAGCUUUUCAAAAGCGCAUAAAUUCUUUUGUUAGCGGACUUACGGAAGAAUUGUUGUCAUUCCCAAUGCAGAAGUCAUUAAUCUGCAUGCAACGAAUCAGGAAAUUUAUGGAUGAACAACUGCUGGAAUUGGAUGAAGUUACUCAAAUUUUCGAAGAUGAUGCUGGGAUAUCAUAA